AUGAGCGGUAGUACCAGUGGGAAAAGAAGUACUACUGCGAAAACCAAGAAUGCUCACGAUACUAGUAGACUCUCUGCCAAAUCCUCAGCCUCUUCUAGUUCGAACAAAAUGAGCCAAAACAGAGGCUACCAUGUGAAUGCCUCAAUGGAUGCUUCUACUGUCGUGCCACCAGCUUCACCAUUCCUAGCUGGUUCUGAGGAGAAUGAAUUGUCUAGUAUUUUCGCAGAUCUUUCCUCGGACAAUGAGGAUCUCCCUCCAGGUCCAGGCCACUAUAACCCGAACUACGAACUUACAAGUCGUACUAGAUCGACGAGAGGUGGGGCGAUCGGGAAAGCAAAGUGUGGAAGGAUAUUUGGCGACAUUGAUUGCGAAGUUGAAGUAGUAGUAGAACAAAAAGGUAGUUUUUUUAGUUGUUGUAAAAAAGACCUCGUCACCAGCAAGAAUAAAAAAGAUCAACAUCAAAGCAACCGAGAUGAACUUCUUCGCCGCGAAACAGCAGCAAUGAUGAGUGAGCAGACGCAGAUACGCAUUAGAAAU